AUGUCAAUUAAAAGAGCAUCCCCUCCUAUUCCAACACAACAACCACCUCCACCUCCUUUAAUUUCAAUAAGACCAAAAAGAAGAGUCGUUGUGAAUAGUAGCAGCAGCAGUAGUAGUAGUAGUAGUAUUAGCAAUAACAAGAGUAUCAAUAAUAAUAAUAAUAAUAAUAAUAAUAGAAACAUAUCAAAUGGCAGUAGUAAUGGUAACAGUAGCAGCGGUAGUACUAGUAGUACUAGUGGAGUAGACAAACAGUAUGAAUUUGAUGCACCGCAAUACUAUGAUUUUAGUGUGGAGCAACCAUCUGCCAUCGACUACUUUGAAACACAAACAAACAAUUCAAUGCCAAGAUGUAGUUUAUUGUUGAGUGGGCCGUUGACACCUUCCAUAUUCUCAUCUUCUUCAUCCAAUCACUAUAUUAAUAGCAAUAGUAAUAGUAAUGGUAGUAGUAGUACUACUAGACCAUUAUUUCAAGUAUACGACCAUUACUAUGACUUUUACAACGACGAAAGAUUAGAAGCGGAAUUCAAUAAAUGGUUUUCAAACCAUCUAUCAAUCGAACCUGAUAGAACCAACAACAACAACAACAAAGAUCAUGUUGAUACCUCCUCUUCGUCGUCAUCUGAUCAGAAACCAUCAUCGACCAAUACUUUGUCAACCAAGGUUUCAACCAUCCCCACUUUCAAAAAACAAUUAAAAAAGGUACCAGUAUUACCUUCCUCUUCCUCUUCUUCCUCUUCAACUUCAUCAUCCAUAUUAUCCUUACAAGCAGGAGGAGGAUCAAGAAAACCACCCAUAGCAGCCAAUUUACCAUCAUCAAGAGCGGCACCACCACCAAUGGUACCAAUUAUUUCCAAACCCUUGAUGGAUCAAGAAUCCCAAAAGGAGAAUUACACGCAUAUUAAUAUUAAUAUUAAUAUUAAUAGUAGCAAGAAUAAUAAUAAUAAUAAUAUUCAUUCAACAACUACAGCUGCCAAACCAACAAAGAAAAAGAGUUCAUCUAUCACUCCAACCCAACAACAACAACAACAACAACACCAACACCAACCAACAGUUGGAAAACGGAAUGCAUUAAAGGAUAAAAAUACAAAUAUUAUAAACAAUGCAAUCAACUGUAUUAAAAAGGUGGAUGUUUCCAUAAAUACUACAAUCUCAUCAUCCUCCUCUUCUGUACCAAAAUUAUCAACAUCGUCAUCAUCAUCAUCAACGAAACCAUUUCUACAAAGAAAACUUGAACUUGAUGAUGAAGUCAAGGAACUUUUAGCCAACCACAAUAAAAAGUUUUAUAAAAAGACAUAUGAGCCAAGAAUGCACUCUACCAGAGAUGUUAAAGACUGGGAGGCAUUCUCUGGACAGACUUGGUAUUCACUGUCUAUAGAAGAGAGAGAAAUGGCAAAUAAAUGGAUUACUGAUCGAAAGAAUAAUAAUAAUAAUAAUAAUAAUACUAUGAACAACAACCAAUCAGGUUCAACAACAACAACACCUCCACCAACAACAAUUACUGUCGUUUCAAAAGACCUUAUACCCAAAUUAAAAAGAUUAAAAAGGAAAAGAUAUAUCGUAAAGAAAGAGUUUGAUAAUGAUCAAAAUCUAGAUGGUGUAGAAUCAUUAAAAGAUCUUUUGUUUUCUGAUACUGACUUGACUACAGAUGAUAUCAUUGCAGUGUAUAAUAAGAGUUUACAAUUCAUUGACAAGUGUGCAUACUUUGAUUAUGACUUGUCGGCAUUUGAAUCAAACAUUAAAGAUACAGAUUUUACAGAUAUACAACAAGAAUGUUUUAUAAAGUUUUGGAAGAUUCAUGAAACCAACUUUAAGAAAACAAGAUUUAAUAAUACAUUACAAAAGAUGAGUUGGAGAAUAGACCUAAAGACAAAAUCAAAAGAUGUACCUGAAAUGAAUGAACCAACCUCUAUCAUUGAAUUCAAUUUAAGCUCAAAUUUAAAGAAUGACAACAAAACGAUUCGAUUUGAAAUGGAUCGUGACCAAUUACAUGACACUUUGGAACAAAUUAAUAAUAUUCAAAAACAUCUUAAAUUAACAACCAGUACUGCUGCUGCUACCACAAGUUCUUAA